CUACCAAACUCGGUCUGAACAUUAUUAUUGUUGAAAGAGAGGGUUUCGACUGUGAACUAGUCGUGUACUGUCCUUUCCUUGGAGAUAGCAUAGAAGACGUGGUUUCAGGUUUACUCCGAUUUAGGUUUUCUGAAACUCAUCAACUCAUAAUUUUCAGUGUCUCUCGAGGAACCUCCUUGACUUGACCCCGUCAUGGACCCGGAGUUCAAUACUCGCCCACCAUCAAUCAUUCAUCGUCCUCGUCAAUCCCAUGAUAACGCGUUCCCUUUAACUUCACCAGUACAUCCUCCUUCAUCUUUCGUUCUUACUUCUCGUCGCCGUUCAUCUGCUGCCAACUUUCCUCCUGCAGGUCCACCACCCAGUCAACCAAUUCCAAGUCUACCUUUAGUAUCAGCAUCAGUACCUUAUCAUCCUGAUGACGACCCUCCUUCACAUAUUACAGAGGAACUUCCCUAUACUACCAGACAUAGGUCAAGCACCAGUGGUAGUCAGUCCAAUUUUGGCAGACCUUCUGCCUCUGCAAAUCUCGCUGCAAUAGCCGCGUUUCAGACAAGGCAAGCAUCUACUUCCGCCUCAAACAGUCCACAGCCAUCUUCAAGCACCGUUGCCCAUGAAUUCAAUAUCCUAUCAGACCCUUCGCCUAGAUCUGUCCUUCAACCCACGUCAUCUUCACACCACCAGGAUAUCGUCCCCGACCGUCUGUUGUUGUCACCAACUCAGUCCCGUACACCCUCUCAGUCUCGUCCAUCUUCUCGACGCGCUCUCACAAGAGCUUUGGAACUCGCCCGUGAAGCUGUUCAGUUGGACUCUACCAAUGAUGACCCUCAUGCUGCCGUCAUGGCAUACGGUCGAAGUGUCGCUCUCCUCAGUGAAGUUAUGGAGCGUGUAAGAAGAGGCGAAGAUAGCACAGAACGUCCAAGACGAAACGGUAGACGGAGAAGCGUAGUUGCCCAAGAAGAAGAAGUUAGACGUCUCAAAUCAAUACACGACACGUAUGCUGACCGUAUGAACAUUCUCAGCUUGAUAUACAGCAUACCUCCCAUACCUCAUUCCCCAUCCUCUGUCUACGCCCCAUCCACAUCCACAGAGUCCACACAACCCCCAUCCCCGUCUUCCCUUUCACCCACUUCCGAUUCUCACAGAACAUCCUCCUAUCACACAGAACACACCCAAGACGACCCUCAGCACCUCGGCGUACAUAACCAUGACCAUGAUGACGAUAAUGAUGGCCAUGAAGGUAUUGGAGCUGCCCUUCUCAAUGCUAGUUAUCUGUCCACCGAAUUCGGUCAAAGAACCAAUGGCAUAUCACCACAACAUCCUUAUGCUGCACCUGUCUCACCUCUUCCAUUAUCCCCCCUGGAUAAUUCCAAUACCCCCCUCAACCGCACCGCAACCCUUCCAGCGAACCGAACCCAGUAUACCCCCUCAGUCACUGGUCGACCUCGAGCCGCUUCUGUUUUUCCUCCCGCUGCACCACCUCCAGCCUUAUCCCCGCCUCCACCACCACUACCACCACCACCACCCCCAGACUCUGCCGUACUAGCUGUUUCCGCAACGAUGCCCUCGCAGACCAGCAGGUUCCUAGAAACCACCCGUCCGCGCGGAAAUUCAAUUGGACACAGACGAACGGGGUCAGGAGCUAGACUGACCUCUGUUACUGAAGAGGGGAUGAGGCUCGACGGUCCCCCCAGCCAGGAGAGCAUUGACGACGACGACGACGUUACGGCUUCGUUGCCCCGACGGCCUGACACGCCGCGUACUGCAAUCCGAGACUCUCAUCCACUGCCUCCACUUCCGUCACCCACAGCCACAUCAUACUCUUUACGAUCACCUGAUUCGCCAGCACAACCCAUUACUCCACGAGUUCGGGGAGAGUCGAUGAGCGUGACAAGUGGUCAACAGCUGAUCAACACCUCCCUAGCGAUGGGUACGAUUCAUCAGAGGCGCGCCAAGAUGUCUGCUCCCCCUUCAACUGGUAGUUCUUCGCCUACUGAUUCACCAUCACCGUCGACGUUCUCUCUUCCUGCUCCAAAGCCUACAGGAUCACCGGUACCCCCUAGCGCAAUGCCUGCCGUGGUUGGGCGAAGUCGCGCUUCGUCACAGCCAGGACGUAGGCCUUCUGUUGCCAAUGGUCGUAUCUCACCACUCGAUUCUCAGCGACCCCCAUUGCCACACACAGCCGGACUUAACGGACUAAUACCUCGUAAAAUGUCCAACCCUUCGAAAUUGCAGCAGAACAUCAGCAUCAACAUCCCGCAACUGCCCCAAUUGACGUUGCAAACGGAAUUGUUGUCGCCACCCCCGGCACUGGCGCUGGUGCCUCCACCAGCACUGAUAUCUAAUUUACCGACUACGCCUAUUUCUCCACUUCCCCCUGCUCCACCCGCUGACAGUCAAAGGAAGCCGUAUCAUAUGAUGACUCUCCUGGCGAACACUAUGACCUCAAGGUCCGGUGGUUAUAUCACGAGACGAUUGCAUGUACCGCAAGAGGUCUGGUCACAAGGAGGGGCUAAGCUCACAAACAUACCAGAAAAAGUCCGCGUUGUAGAAGUGCUUUGCUCAGCCCUCGAGGAGAUGCAGCAAUGCAGUGGGGAGUGCUUCGGCGCGAGCGUUUGCAGUGGACUUGCCUUGGGCAUCGGCAGUGUAACUCGCAAGGAAGCUGAAACGUGGGUAGGCAAGUUGGAGGAAUUUUCCUCGAUAUGCGACAGCGUCGUUGCGAACUUUGGCAAGAAGCUUGGCGUGGGUGAAGGUUUUGUGGUUAAGAAAAGCGGCGGGGUAACAUCAUGGGGAGGCAAGCUUACGCGACAAAUCGACAAGUUUACCAAUGGAAAAAACCUUGAUUCGCCCGCUGCUUAUGUGUCUGGCUUGAAUAGGCUGUUUACGCAAGCCCAGCUCAUCGACGAGCAUACGAAGGCGCUGUUGUCGCAUCCCGUCGCACCGACAUACGCCGCGUUCCCUAUAGACCUCCGGGCUGCCGCAGAAGUCAAGCUAAAACGGGCCUCCGAGUUCUUCGCGAGUGUCGUGCUGACAUUCGUCAUCCGCGACCUGGCGCAGCUACUCGACAAGUACGCCAAGAAAUGCGAAAAGUGGCUCGCAGAAUAGUGAGGCAAUACCUGGUUCCUCGGUCUGUGAAGCUGUAUUGCUGUUAUGAUGCAGUAUGUAUUUUAAUCCGGGACUAGAUGGUUUACCAGAAUCUGUUUUAUCUGACAUUUUUAGUGUGUUUAUUCUACUUUUUCCCCUUCUUUUUUUGCGUGUUACUUUUGCGCCCUCUUUCCCUCUUCGUUCGGUCACUCGGUGCACCCUUACGUCCCCUCCCUUGCAUACUAUACAUUACACACUUUGGAAUUUUGUGCAUAUUGAAUGUAGGCUACCAAUCAAUUGCUCAAACCACGGAAUGCUU